AUCGGAACGUCAAGACGAGACAAAGACAGACACUGAGUUUUAUGACACCAAACCAUCGUAGAUGACGGGAGCAACUCCAGCAAAACUCUCGUGAUUUUAUUUCCGACAUUGGAAAUUAAUUUGUCUGAUACACAUCGCUUUAAUAGUCGUUUCUGGCACAAGAGAAACAAGCUCUGUAGAAAAGCUUUUCAUGUUAUUCACCUCAUUCCUUCCAAACAUACGGACAACUUUUCUGUCUUGUACAGAAACACAGAAGCAAAGAGGCAAGUUUCACAUCUGAAUACCUGAAACCCUGAAGAGAAGAAGGAUCAGAUCAGGAGAUGAGACCUCUCUGGAUGUGACUCUGUUCCCUGGAGGGACAGUUUCAGGGACACAGAAGAGGGACACUUCCCAGAGAUGUGAACCUUUUUGAAUGUUGACGGUGUUUGCUCAGACAGAGACGAUGCAGGUGCUGCCUGCCUGGGAGCUCGCCAUCCCUCUGCCUGCCGUGAUAAUAAUCGCUGUGAGUCUUUACAUGAUCGUUCUGGGGAUCGUCCUGUGGAUCCGAUCCUGCCUCGAGGGCCGCUGCUCUUCAACAUGUGGCGAUUGCUGUCCAGACAUUUCUUUAUGUGAACAGUGCCUCAGAUUGGCUGAAAUAUGUGACUUUAAGCCGCCGAACCUGCGCUCAUAUCUGAGUAAAAACUGUCCUUCUCCUACUUGUGUCAAAUGGGACUGUGCCUGCACCUGUCAGCCUCCUGAGUGCGACUCCUGCAACUGUCUCUGCUUCGAGAUCAGGAUCAAGUAGAAGAAGAAGAAGAAGAGGAGGAUGGAGGUGCAUUAAUGCCAGCGUGUGUGCUGACCAACCACAACUUUUAAUGACGUUUACAGGAGAGAGAUGACAGAAGAAAGUGGAGCGUGACAAAGGUUUCUGUCUGGACUCAUCUGGAUCUGUUAAAAAACAAACCAACAAUUGUUCUGUUUUUACCAGCAGAUGGUAUCCUUCAUUACUUUUAGCUACACUAGCAGUGUUGGUGUCGGUUCAGAUGUUCACAUUCCCCUCAGGAUGAAUUGUAAUAACUUCAGUGAUCCAUUAAAGCUGGUGAUUCUAUAUUUUUCUUCUUGUCAACAAAUCUCAUGUUUGGAUCCAAACCAACAAUGAACUGAUC